AUAAUGGUAAGCCGGUCAAGCCUUAAAUAUAGCUUCGAUCCCAAAGUAUUAGUAUUAUUAUUGUUUUUAUCUUUUAACUUCAACUUAUAUUAAAGUUAACUAUCAAUUGAAUGGGCGUUCACUAAUUAUUUUGCAUUGAUCGUUGACUCUAACUCUUAACAGAUCAUCGUCAAAUAAGCAAGCAAUUGCUGGAGGAAAAAACCAAAACAGCUUUCAUCCAGUGUGUACAAUUGUGCUCUCAGCAGGAGGGGUGUCCUAAUAUCUUGCUACUGGUAUGGAAAUUUACCAAUUUCAAGGCGUGUGACAAGAAUAGAGUAGCCUAUGGACUUCCCUUUUCCAGCUUAGGGAUAGCCCAAAUCAUCCAAUGCUUCUGCUAAGACUACAUACAGUAGCAUCUUUGUUCUUUGACGCCAUUGUUGCUACAUGCAGAAGCGUCAUUGUUCUUAUGACAUCAGUAUUGCUACAGAUUCACAGGCCACAACAAACUUAAAGGAUUACAGGGAAGCAGACGCACUUCUUGGCCAUGUCUUCCUGCUGCAAUCUUUGUAACGAACAAUGAACAGUCUCUUUGAUCUUGUCCACAUGGAAAUACUUUUGUAUUCUGGGUACUGAUUCUUAGAUUGAAUGAGAUAAAGGUGCUAAUUGUAA